UGAGCGAAGAAUAAGGGAUAUUAUCGGGAACAAAGAGAGAUCUAUUGAAGUUGAAAAUUGGAAGUCUAUACCCAAAUUCUCCAGUUUUCUGAAAAAUUGAUCUCAGCCGCUCGAUCUUUAGACUUUCUUCUAAGGGUAAUAGGAACAGGUGGUGUCUGCCACAAGUAGGAGAUUUACGACCAAUCAGAUCUGAUUAUGAAGAGCCGUGUGAAAUGGGAUGAGAUUAAUCUUGGGGAUAUUGAAAGAAACAAACCUGUAAGGCAGAAAAUAACUGAACCCAAGACACCAUAUCACCCCAGGACUGAUGAUGAUAGUCCUUUCUCUCCGGGUGGUAGCUUCAAUGAUUGCACGGAUGAUGAAAUGUAUGCAGACGCAAUAUGUUCUGCUUUGAACGAAAUAGCUUCUUCUUCAUCUUCAUCUAGUGGGAAAAUAGCAGAUAAGUCUGAUGCCUGGCCAUCGUCUGAUGAUGAGACUACUGGUCCUCCUCCUGUGGAUCAAGAUGAUGAAGAUGAAGAUUCUGAGACAGAAAGGAACAGUUCGACCUUUAGGGAGCAGAGAAGAGCUCACUAUGAUGAAUUUCAGCAAGUGGAAGAGCAUAGAAGAAAAGGGUCAUUCAUGGAGGAUGGUUCGGAUGAGGAUUUUGAGAAUGGUAAAGCUAAUCAUGAUCCUUCUUCUUCCUUAACUCAAGGAGUGAGAGAUAUCGAGAUUGAGGAUGCCCAGGAACAGCAGUCAUCUUCUUCUUCUUCUUUGCCACCCCCUAAAAAUGGAGCUUAAAUGCAAAGGAGGGGAAUUUAUUUCAUUUCUCCAUGGCUAUUUCCUGUGACAAUUCUCUUCAAAUUUGUCUUUUCAUUUUUCUUGAAUGCUUAUUUGCUUGCUUGUUUAUGAUGAUGAUGUUGUGAAAUGACUUGCCUGUAAUACUGUAAAAUUGUUCAGUCAGGAGGAAAACAUAUUUCCCAU